AUGAUCGAAAACAUCAAGGCAUCACUCGAUAUCUGGGAAUCUAACCAAGAGAAUUUCACCCAAGAUCAAUUCAUAGCACUGCUACAAACAAUCGAUAGGUUGAAGGAGGAAAUUGAAAAGUCUUUCAAACGUCGUUACCCAGAUGGCACUCAAACGACCCCGCCAAGGAACAAGAGAAAAUCAAGAGCAACAAGUUCUGGACGUGUUAAGCACCGUCGCAUUGAUCCAACACCUGAAAACCCCAUUCAAAUGGACAAGAUAUCUGCCGAUAUAAGCAGCGAGAAUAGCCAGCGCAGUGAGAAUCAGGACCAAGGGUCCGAUGACAACCAACACUCCAAAUCUGGAAAUGAGGAGCAAUCUCUUUCACACGUCGAAGUGCAAUCCAGAGAAUUAGAUGCAUUUCUUUUUGAGGAAGAUAGCGACAUGUCAGAAGGAACACCAGAGCCUUUUUCCGCUCAGGAUAUUGCGGAGUGGAUGGAAUUAGCUCAGAAGAUCAAGUUCUGCCUGCCAAAUGAGUUUUCCCUGCCAAUAGCCGACGGUCAAGAAACUAUGGAAGAGCUGCUUCUCCCACUUUUCCAAGCUUCAUCACUGUCAUCACGUCUAAUAUGCGGAAUACUUUACUGCGUCCUUCCUGGAAUACAAGUUAUCGAUUUCACCUCCCGGGAGCAUGAAAUUACCCUAUGUCAAGAGUUCUCGGAAAUCUUUGUUGCUGUCGAAUUGUUGUUAUAG